GGAUCGCACAAGUACAAAAAAUGGGACGAUGUCGAUGGCGGGUGCUCUGAGUCUGGAGCGUCACUCGUCUUUCGUGCCUUCAGUCUAGCCCGUCCAUCCCUGCCAAGGAGUUCCAACCGCUCUCCCACCAGACCUACAUCACAGGGCCGAAGUAAUGAGGACGCCCUGAUCCUAUACCAGCCUAUAGUAUAGGCCUACACUGGGCUCCUUGUAUGCAGGCUCCGAGUAAAAUCAUUUUGUAAAAUACAAGAACUGAGCUUACCAGUUUCAGUACGAGCCACCGACAAACUACUAACUCAGUCUCAGGUUUUCCCAGUCUGUAGAGGUGAGCAGCAGAUAGGAUUGCACAGACAGUGCACUAGUGCCGGAUCUGCGUCGCUGCGCAGCGUGUGUCCAUGCACUCCAGUUCGCUAGCCCUUGAGAUUUGGAAUGUAGAAUUAUUAUUGUUGAUCGCGAGACAACCGUACACCAGAAGUUAGUUCGUGUAAACUGUAAAGCAGAGCUUUCCGCUUGUCACGGCAUCUUCCAGAGGAGAAUGUCGGGCGCAGAGCUGGUAAGUGCAACGUCUUCGACGUCCGCCACAUCCGUGUCAACGCUACGACAGCAGCUGGAGCACGAGCGACGAACUCGCCAGCAUGCUGAAACUCGAUGUCGCGAGCUGAAGCUGGAAAACGAGCGAUGCACAAUCCGUUUUCACGAGCUGCAGCGUAAUUUCGAGGGAAUCCAGACACAGCUGCGCCAGAUGAUACCCAAGCAGAAGCAAGUAGAGCAGCUGCGUGCAGAGAAUGUUGCCCUCCAGAGUCGCUUGGAUGAUAUGACAGUGGCUAACAAAGCCAAUGGCGGCAGCGCUGCAGCAGGACAACACGACAAGAGAGCAGACCAGGCGGAACAGGAGCGAUACAGCCUACAAUCUGAAAUCGCAGUAGAAGGGACAGAGAAGUCACGUAAAUCGUCCUCUAACUCGCUAGAUUCGUGUGGCAGUGGUACUGGAUUGCAUACGCUACAGGAGGAGAAUAAUGUGCUGAGAGAAGAGCUAUCGUCCAGAAAAGAGAAGUACGACAAGACGCUUAGCGAAAUUACUGGUGAGAUUGUGAGCACAUUGACAAAGUACCAAACAGCGUGUCAGGAGAAGAGAGAGUUGCAGGAAAAGUUUGAUCAGCAGAAGCAAUACAAUGUGUCUCUGGAACGCAAGAACCAGACGCUUGUGAAGCUGCUGUGCCGCAUCAAAAGCAAGCAGCCGACUUUGCCGUCAGUUCCCGGUGAAGACGAUUCACUCGUGGAUGAAGCCGAACUUGCUGCUAUGCAGAAUGGCGGUGGUGCUGCUACAACUGCUGCUGGUAUCCUUGGAAAGGGCAGUAGCCUCAGCAAUCUGGAUAUGGAGCCAGCUGCUCCGCGUGCUGUUGGUCAUUUGCCGACCCGCAGCGCUUCCCUGCGAAGUAGCGUUCACCCGCUGCGUCGUGUAGGGUUGCGGCGGUCAGCGUCUGGUGAGGUGAGCCACCAAGAGGACAACAUGGCCGUGCGCAGUGCCAGUGAUCUGGCGUCAUCUGACUAUAGCAUCUCUACAAACUAUAACAGAAGUGCUACCGGCGGGGGCAAUGGCGACUCUCAGCUGAGUACCAGUAAUCUGGUGAUCGGAGAUGUACACCGACAUCGUGCUCUCCACAGUGCACAGAGCAAGACAGACGUCAUCCGUGAACAGUCUUCUUCUGGCGAGAGCCGCCCGCCCAGUAUGCAGGACCUGCACUCUUCAUCAACGUCGAGCACAAUGGUGACUGUGGCAGCAGCGGGAUCUUAUCCUUCCUUCAGCCGCGUGAGCAGAACACCCGAUGCUCUUCUCUUACAACAGCAGCACCCGCCGGGCAUGGGCAGUAAAGCGGCGGCCCUCUCAGCCACUUCAUUGAACAAGCUGGAGGCUCAGCUAUCUCGCUGCACCAACCGCUCCAUCGACUCUGCCACUGCAGACCAGCUACGGCGCAUGAAGAGAGAUGGUCUUCUCGCUGCACAGAUACGAAACCAAGCCAAUGAGAACCACAUACUACCAGCAACUCCAUCACCACCGAGCCGUGGGAGCCUCAUCGAGAGUGACUCCUCUGACGAGGAAGAAGAUCACAUCAACUUUGUCGAGAUGUGGAAGAAACGAGCCACGGCGCCCGACACGGCAAGGUCUCGACUCGGCAACAAAGGCAGACCCUUGUCACACGUUGAGCCUUCCAUGGCACAAAAGAUGGCGGGAAACGAGAAAGCCCUGGACCCCAAAACGUCCUCCUUGCCCCGUAAUGUGUCUCUGUCCACGGCAACCAUCAAUGAAGAAAACAGCAACAUCAGUAGUCGUGUUUGCUCAGCCGGUACCGUCGGUAGCUCGAAUCAUGAUCAGCCCCCUAGAGCCAAGCGCUCUUCUGUCGUCUCGAGUGGAGAGAAUGUGCAAUCGGAGUUGGAGGCUUCAGCGCGGGCAAACCUGCUCGACAACUUGGUGACGCGCCGCGGCACUCGAACUGAGAUCAGCCCACCUCAAUCUCCUGGCCGAGUGCCAAGCCUAGCUGAAGCCAAGGACUAUUUGCGCUGCCUUCGCCGGCGAAACGUCGACAAUGAGAAGCCGCUGCGUGGACCCAUGACCAUAAUCAAGUUCCAUGACAUGAACUUCUACAACCGCUUUGAUACGCCAGAGCAAACGGCAAUCGCUGGCUUUGACUUCCUGGAUACGUUUUCCUUCAUAGAGCCGUCGGAGGCGGAAGCUCCCAAGGCUGUUGCAGCAGCAACAGUCGCGGCCAAGCCUAGAGCAAAGUCUCCGGUGAAAAAGUCGACCGGCAAAUCAACACCUGAAACCACAACCAGAACAGGCACCAAACCGACAGGUGGAAAGUCUCCUGCAGAGCGAAAGCCUCCGACUCCAACGCGACUGCGUUCAGGUACACCGACAGGCGGCUCAUCCCGCACUUUACCCAGUGCCGGCGCUGAGAGGAAGACCCCGAAUUUAUCCACGAAGCGCACUAGCUCCGGUGGCUCAAUAGGCAUGGCUACCUCCUCGGCCAGUAGCUCCAGAGCUCCAAGUCCGCAGGUUUCUGAUAAGCGGCGAACUGUUGCCUCUGCUACCUCCUCGUCAUCGACUCCUGCUACGCGGACGAAGAGUUCUGCACCGUCGACAUCAAAGACGGCCUCGCCGAAGGUGCCAGCCAGCAAGACAACCAGCUCUCCUCUUCGCAGUUCUCCUGCAAGCUCUACCAGUACGGGCGCAACGUCGUCGACGACGAAAAGCAGUUCGUCCGGUGGCCGGCGACUGGGUGCCUUGCUUGGCCACCAUGGCUCUAGCAGCAGCAAGUCUUCAAGCGCAACUAGCAGCAGCAGCUCGAGCAGAUUGUCAGCAGCUGUGAGACAGAAGAAGUAGGAACAGUUACUGCUCUUGCACUUGAUUUCUGAAACAGUUAUUACACACCGGGGACAGCACCUCGGUACAUUUUCCUUUUUGAAUUUUACUGCUACCGACACUUACUCUUGAAAUUGUCCGACCUCGGUUUCCUAUGUGGCAAGGAUAUUUUCUCAAGAUGAAAUAGGCAGAUGUCCUACGUAUACUCACCUUGAUGUUGAGGUACUCUAUUUACACCGCUGCUGAAUUGCCAUCAUUUUUAGGCAACACUAUGCCGUGUUUAUGUAAAGAAUACUUUUUUAGCGAUUACUAUUAUGGUUUCUUGUAUCCUGAAUCCUAUCCCCUCUUCUUGAGCAUACUUGUCAAGGUCAAUGGUGUGAUAAUUAUUGAUUGCACUGGAAAUGAGAUAUUGACUUGCUUCCCAUC